AUGAUUCUGGCAAGGACACUGCUUUCACUCUGUGGGUUGCAUUGCUCUUUGUGCUCAUUGCUACGGGCUGAAUCCUACCACCCUGUUGCAUACAAACCACCUAGAGGGCUGGAGGCAAUCCUAUGGUCUCUAUCAACUCUGGAUCCUGCCUACAUCAGGGAAGAUCUCUGGAUCUUAUUGUUGUCAAAGCCUUGGCUCAAGCUAAUUUCUUCCUGUCCCAAUGGUCCUCACACAAAAGUGGUUCGUCGCAUUUUUACCAAUAGUCGGGAGAGGUGGAGACAGCAGAAUGUCAAUGGAGCCUUUGCAGAGCUUCGCAAGCUCAUCCCCACCCACCCACCUGACAAAAAACUGAGCAAGAAUGAGAUUUUGCGCCUGGCUAUGAAAUACAUCAACUUCCUAGCCAAGCUGCUCAAUGACCAGGAGGAAGAAGGAAACCAAAGGGGCAAAGUGAACAAAGACUCUGGGAUAGUCCAGGAAGACCUCCUGCAGGACAUGCUGUCUCCUAACUCUAGUUGUGGAAGUUCUUUAGACGGAGCAGCGAGCCCGGACAGUUUCACGGAAGAGCACGAAACACUAGAUUCGAAGCACACACGGAGCCUGCACCAUGCCAUUCUCCCUGUAGAAGGCAGCGCGCAGCGGUGAUGACCUUCCGCAUCGCUCCCGAAGCACCAAGGGGAAGGCGAGACCCGAGCGUGCAGAUGCUGGAACUUGUGCCUGUGGGAUUUGUGACUGUCUUUCCCUGGGGGCUCGGGCUCCCCGUACUCCCCAGCCCGGGACAGAGCGGCUGGAGCAUUGACUGAGGACAAGACCAAACCAGAUGGACGCUCGGUAUUUAGGUACGUGAUCGUACAAAGAAGAAAAGCAUUGAAGUCAUCUUCAUUGUACAUACUGCUCGUGAUGUGACUCUGUGGAGGGGAAGGAGAUGUGGCCAGCACCUCUCCAGCAUUUAGAGGGUUUUCAGACCAUUUGAUGAUGAUCGCUUUUUAAACAGUCGCCUGGUUGAGACAUGAAACUCCUCUUUCACUGCUGGCAGAGGCCACCGACGCUUUCCAGCUCCACGUGGUGCUGGAGACUGCUGAAACCUGCCAGUGCUGCAGCAUUUCUCUGGCCUGUGACAUAUACAACCAGUCUGAGCAGGAGCUGGGGCCACGUGUUGUCCGAGAUCUUUUGACUGUAUCUUUUUAAAGAGGUGAAAAAAUACCCUCAGCAAAAGAACUAUUAAAAGGAUUAAGACUAUUUCUUUUUCUCUCCUUUUUUCUUUUUUUUCCUUCCUUUCUUCCUUUCUCUUAUACCUAACUUUGGAUUGUUUGGGGUUGUUGUAUUUAUGACGUGGGAUUACUUCUGUUUAAUGCUGUCAUGCAGUAUCCACUGAAUGAAAAGGUACAUAGGUGUUUUCUGUCACCCUCCCAGUCCCUGAUUCUUCUGCUGUAAUCACUCAGUAGGUGAGCUCCAAGCCUUUUGAGCUCUCUUAGAGUUUUCCCAGCAGUUUCUGCAGGGCCAGAGCUUCUCUCAAGGAAGAUGAAUUUCAAAAUUGGUAAGGGGAAAAAAAAAUUUGCUAGUGAAGCAUCCCUUUGGACUGGGGAUUUUUAAAUUCAGAAAGGCAAAAGGAGUUGAUGAUGCAUCAACAGUGCGCGUGUACAUAGGGUAUAAAAGGGUUUUAAUGGUAUCCUUUGAGUUUUUUGGUUUUAUUACGUGAAAAUGAUGGUGGUUCAGCUGUGCCAAUGCCCUCAGGCUGGACUGCAGCGCUGGAUUUAUUCCAGCAUUAGGAGGAUCCUUGCCUGCCUGAGGCUGGUAGGAGCCCAUACCGUCUUUGAAUCUUGGGGAGAAGCCCUAAAAGCAGCAGUGGGAUUAGCCUCCAUUCCCGAGUGCUCGGAUUGCUGCAAAAUUGAUGUUUGUGACUGAGCCGAUCCUCUGAUCCCUGCUGCUGUCCCUGGGAGGAUGUUUGGGAAACAGGACUGGGGAGCAGGAGGCUGCUGCUGUGGCGGCUGGGAGCUGAGGACUGCAUCAUGCCAUCACCGUUCCAUCAGGCCCAUCUCUCAUCCACCACCUGAUGCCUGACAGAGUGAUUGCCCCAAGCCCAUCCUCACCCUCUGCAAAGAUGUUAAGGCACAGAAAUAUCUACCAUGCUACAGUCAAAAAAAAAAAAAAAAAAAAAAAAAAAAAAAAAAGCCACCCACAUACAUCAUUUGAAAGGGAAAAAGUCCUUUGAUGGGGACACUUUCAACCACACUCAUUUCUUUUAAGGGUGCUUGAGGUACAAGGAAACACAGAGGAUUUGGGUAGGUGUCUGCAAACCCCUCCAGGCUUAAUUCAGAGCCCCAUAAUUUCUGUCCCUGCUUGGUUUUACUGACUCUUUGUAAAUAAUAGGUUGGGAGGCUGGUGCAUGGGUUGGCACGUUAGGUAGAAUUAGUUGCCUGGGAAGGGGUCCUGGCCCAAGCAAAGUUUCCAGCAUAGAGCCCAAAUCCUCUGGAACCACCGACCUCCCCCAUCUUAAAUUGGGGAAAAGGAGCAAAACUCCUUCCUGGGCCCGGAUCACCUGUGCAUGGGGGUUUUUACUAAGGGGAGUUACCCACAUGACUGGGCCAGGGGAGAGGUGCUAGCGGGUGAUGGAGUGAUGCUGAGGAAGAGGUUUGGGCUGCUCCUGGAGCCAGGGGUAGGAGAGGUGGGUGGUGGAGGCUGUCAGGUGGGGUCCUCCAAGAAGGAAUGGGGAUACUGUCACGCAGGUAAAGCUGUUCUUGGUUUUCAACAUUUGAAAUAACCCUGACGUUGGGUGGGUGGGGGGUUUACACCCUUUUGUUUAAAGUAUUAAAAGAAAAAUUCACCAACACUCAGAAAUUCCUCUUUCCCCACAAGUUAUUUGGGGUUUUUUAAAUCUUUUUGGUAGCUGAACAGUUGGGAAAAUGGUACAACCUUGGUGGCACCCCCCAACAACCCCAUGCACACGUGUGCCUGCUCGUAGCCCUUAGCAGAGCACUCCAUAGGUCUCCUGGGGUAUGUACAGUUGUCCUUUAAUUGUGAUUUGAAUGGUACAUUUCCUCUGCCCACCUCUCCUCCUGCCUGCUUCACCUCUUGCUGUGUGGAUCAUCGUCCCUGUUUCUGUUGGAAACAGCACUUCGGGACAAUGUCGUACUGUGUGAAUGAAUUCCCACCUUACGAUUUUUGGGUUUUUUUCAGCCCCCUCCUUUUCUCUGCCACCCUCCCCUGGGAUUUCUGCAUUUUUUCUGCAGAAACGAAGUAACCAGACCUGGUACCCUGAGUCUCAACCCACUGUGGAUGUGCUAUUUAGAAAACACAUUUGUUGUAAUGUGUGUGUAUAUAUAAAUAUAUAUAUAUAAUGA